GGAACUGACAAAGCUCACCUGUCAUGGCUUGGCUUCACGUUCGACCCAGAGGGUAAAAAACAGAGGUAUAGCUGGAUCGACGGAUCGCUCUCUGACUAUUUGGAUAAAGAUAUGCCUGAUACUGAUUUACCCUUGUGUGGAACUAUUAAGGGAACUGGAGAACGUCAGUUUUGGGACUGUGAGGAACGCAUGUCCGCAUUCAUAUGCAAAAAAUCACUUCAGAUGGCCUAUGUUGUCAGCGAAGUUUUCAAUACCAGUUACGUCAACAUGUACAGAUCCGAAGAUCCCGAAAGAAUGCUGUUCGAACGUGUUUGGCCACCGAAGCUCGAGGAGGUUCCCAAACAUCUGACACGAAUAGCUACUGCACAGGUGUCGCAGGAAACAGAUUGUGCUAACCGUUGUUUCCACGUGGAUGAUUGUCGUGGGUUUAUGUUGACUUGCUUAUCUGCCUGGAAAUGUAAUCAGUUUUCGUGUGAUCUUUAUCAGCCAGCAAAUAACUAAAUAUGGACCUUUGUGCAAUUCAAUGCUCAACUAUCCGUCCAUCUUAAAUGCGGGGCCGAUGUGACAAAAUGGCGGUUUAUUUUGUCUUGUAAAGUAACAGAAACGAAGUUCGAAUCCGUUAAACUUCUUGCCAAGUAUUUGUUAACUGAUUUUGUUAUAUCUCUUAAUCGAUAAACUAAGACAAAAAUGUGUACUAGCACUCUUCGCUCUGGUAUUUGUUAUUUACAUCUUUGUUCAAGUAAACAUCCUAAU